AUGGCGGACAGCAGCCGCGUCGGCACAGAGGAUCAAUCUGCUCGUGAAGACGAACGAAAUAUUCAGGCUCAAUAUGACCCGAAAUAUGAGAGGGAGGAAGCCGCCUUAAUGCAGCCCAGACGACCAAACCUCUCAUCCCUGGAAAUACCUAAACGUUCUCUUGAGAGGGCAUUGUCUGAUUUUACGAGGAUAGAUAUCGUCCCGAGCCCAAAUUCCAGUAGAGCUGCAUUGCCCCCCAGACCAAAUUCGACCAAAUUGAAGUCGACUGUGAAGAAUAUUCUCCCACAAAAGAGCUCAAGAGGUAAAAACCUACUGUCACAAGAAGCUGAAAAAACGGUGCUGAUAAUACCGGAAACACCCCUGUCGGACAAGCCCUCAACUUCGAGGUCAUUUUCAUUGAAUAAAAUUUUAUUCUCGGCAUCCACAAAAUCGGCACAUUCGUUGCCCGUGACGCCAAUGGCGAAUGCUGACCCUAAGUCCUCACAAGAAAAUCAUGUUGAUGAACAAUCUAAAAUAUCUCAAACUGAAGUUAAGCAAUUUAUGACACGCUCGUUUUCAGUUCCAGUUAACAUUAAGACACAAAGCUUGAGGCAGACAGAAUCAUCUGGAGGAUUAAUCCGGGUAAUAUCAUCAAACCAUCGAUCUACCAUGAUGGUGGAAAAUGCCUCCACGGAUAUAUCUCCUGAUAUCGAAGCAGGUGAUGCUGGGCAAGAUAUUCCAGAAGAAGAAGCUGUUUGCAGAAUAUGUUUCAUUGAGCUUGGAGAAGGUGGUGAAACUCUAAAGAUGGAGUGCAGCUGUAAAGGAGAGCUUGCACUUGCUCACAAAGAAUGUGCCGUCAAGUGGUUUAGCAUAAAAGGCAAUCGGACAUGUGAUGUAUGCAAGCAGGAUGUUCGUAAUCUUCCAGUAACAUUACUGAAAUUACAAAAUCCUCCUAAUGUGGUUCGAAGACCGUCUGCUGGAUCACAGCAGAGGGAAGUGACUCGGUACAGGGUAUGGCAGGACGUGCCUGUUUUAGUCAUGGUCAGCAUGCUUGCUUAUUUCUGCUUUCUGGAGCAACUUCUGGUAUCUGACAUGGGACCUCGAGCUCUUGCAAUCUCUUUGCCUUUUGCUUGUGUCUUAGGUCUUCUUUCAUCCAUGAUAGCUUCCACAAUGGUGUGCAAGAGCUACAUAUGGGCCUAUGCUUCUUUCCAGUUCGCAAUAGUGAUUUUGUUCGCUCACAUAUUUUACGCAGUUCUGAAUGUGAAUGCAGUCCUAUCCGUGCUGCUUUCUUCUUUCACCGGGUUUGGAAUAGCAAUAAGCACUAAUUCACUUCUGGUCGAAUACCUUAGAUGGCGGGCCACCCGUCAUCCCCACUCCCUACCGCCACAAAUGAACAGUGCCACUGGACAACAUAAUAGGCACGAGCAGAGGAACCACCACCGGGGCCCACAAAGCAGUCGUAAUAAUAAUCGGGCCCUGCAGCCUUCAGGGGCCCACAGUGUAGCACAAGGGUCAGGCGAAGAAAAUGUGUAG